AGCGGGUUUUGUUGAAGUGUUUACCUUUGCCUUUACCCCAACGAAUGCAAAUCAGGUAUUUUCAGGAAGCUGCAAGGCCACUAUCAAAAAAGCAGGUCAAUUCGAACAUCAACUCUUGUCUGAAUAAAAUACGGUCGGUAGUUCUGUAUAUAUAUUUUGUUUCAUCUCACAACUAAAACUACAGAUUUCCACCCACCAUGAGCAUCUUUUAUCAUGAAGAGGCACCACCAGAUUCUUUCAAGAGAUGCAAAUUCCUCUCUGCAACUCUGAAAGAUGCAUUCUCCAACUGCCAUAGUUUUGGUGGACGGCGUUCGACCUCAAGCCUGGAAGAUGAGUCUACAACAAGUGACUUUGAUGAAGACCAGGAAGAAGUUGUUUCGGCUAUUAGAAGUCAAGCUAUGGAAAAGUUGAGACGCAAGCCAGGCCUCUUGACAGAGAGCUUUUCCUUGGUGGUCUACUCUCCUGUGACUAGAGAAUUAUACAUGACUCCGAAGGCAGUCCAACGAGGGGAAGAUCUUGAUGAUGAAGAUGAAGAUGAAGAUUUUGUGACUGUUGGAAGUUGUUUCUCCUGCUGUUCGAGUGCUUUGAGUAGGGAAGCAUAUCACUCUGUUAAGACCAACUUCUCGCGUAGUUCGAGCUUGAACGGGCUUGAUUUUCAAGAGUUUUGGAAGCGCUCUAUCAUUCAGGAGCUGUGUCAUUGCCAAGGGUGGCCGUUUGGUCUCUGCCGGAAGGCCGUGUUGCUUCCACCCCUACCUAAAUCCCCAUCUGAAUCCUGGUCAUGGCGUAAAGGCGCUAGAAUAACUAAGAGUUGAUGUUCAAAGCUAAUCUUCGGCCGUUUCUUGAUGUUCUUUUCUUUUCUUUAUCAACUUUUAUACUUUACUAUUACUUUCAAAUAAAGUAAUGCCUAUUAUUGUUGCUUAUUGUUUUCUUUUCUUCAUCAACUUUUAUACUUAACUAUUACUUUCAAAUAAAGUAAUGCCUAUUAUUGUU